AUGUCCAAACCAGCCUUCACCGGAGGCUGCCAAUGCGGCCAGGUCACCUACUCCAGCACACACCUCCCAUCACACUUCACAACCUGCCACUGCUCAACCUGCCGCAAAGUCUCCGGCGCACCAUUCCUCACGUUCGGAGAAGUGCCCGUCAACUCUCUAACAUUCACACCCGCCCUCUCGUCUCUCAAGAAAACCGCAUAUUCAGACUUCGCGGACAGGACUCAUUGUCCAGAAUGCGGCUCUCCAAUUUCCAUGCAGUACAAGUGGGAGCCUGAGCUGAUACAUCUCACUGCUGGCACGAUCAAUGAGCAGAGUGUGAAGGGGAAUAUGCCAAAGAUAGAACAGCAUAUAUUUGUGCAACAGAAGGCAGGGUGGCAUGAUUUGCUGGAUGAUGGGGUCCCGAAGCAAGAGACGUUUGGAUCUGGCUUCCAGAAGAAAUUGGCGGCGUGGAAAAGGGAAUUGGCUAAGUUGUAG